AUGUUCCCAUUCGGUCCACAUUAUGAUCAACAUCAAUUGAAGGUACAGCUAAAGUUGGCUGUUAGUCGUAUACAGAUUGUGAAGAAUAAGAAGGCAACUCUUGUAAGAGAUGAGAGAAAACAUAUUGCAGAGUUGUUGAGGAAUAGAAGUGAGGAGAAUGCUCGUCUCCGUGUAGAAAUGGUCAUCAAAGAUGAGUCCUCCAUCGAGUGCUUCAACAUCAUUGAAGUACUAUGUGAGUUAAUGUUUGCCAGAAUAUUACUCAUUGAUCUACAAACUGAGAUGCCAACAGAGUUAAAGGGAUCUAUAUACUCAUUGGUGUAUGCAUCACAACGUAUUCAGAUGCCAGAGUUGGCUUUGAUAAAGAAACAAUUGAUGGGAAAAUAUGGAAGACAAUUGGAGUAUGAUGUAAAUAGUCAACAUGGUCAAUGCUUUGUCAAUCCAAAGAUCAUCCAACAGUUGUCCAGCUACAUACCAGAGCCCCUACUCAUGCUGCACUACCUGAACGACAUUGCAAUGGAAUAUAAUGUCGAUUGCUCAUGGCAGUCAUCCAACACUGAACAACUGUUAAAACAACUUCAAGUUGCACAACAACAGCAUCUGAUGGUGCCAGCCGGCUGGACCAAUCCAGGUCUGCCUCGUGGCUGCAUGUUUGGUCAUCACGCAUCACAUACCAACCCUCAAUAUCCAACUCCACCUGCAAUCAAACAUUCAUCAACUUCCCAAUAA